UUCAUAUCUCUUCCUCUGCGGUCGCGAUGAAGUGCCUGAUUCUCCUUUCCGUCAUCGGACUAGCUGCGGCUGGCACACUCCAGGGUUACGGCCUGCCGGGGUCAGGAAGCGGAGGGUUCAGCCAUGGCCAUUCGGGAACAUUUAGCCAGGGGUCAAGCUUUGGUCAUGGAGGUACUUCCUUUGGACAGGGAAUUUCGUCGGGAAGUAGUUCCUUUGGACACGGAAUUUCGUCGGGAAGUUCUUCCUUUGGACACGGAAUUUCGUCGGGAAGUUCUUCCUUUGGACAGGGAAUUUCGUCGGGAAGUUCUUCCUUUGGACAGGGAAUUUCGUCGGGAAGUUCUUCCUUUGGACAGGGAAUUUCGUCGGGAAGUUCUUCCUUUGGACAGGGAAUUUCCUUUGGAACUUCAUCUGGAACGCCUUCGGGACUAACCCUUGCUCCUUGUGGAGGUGGACAGGUGCGCCACGUGGAUGGAAGGUGUGUGACACCUCGUGAGAACCGUCGCGUGUUUCUGUACGACGUUCCUUCCAACGUCCAGACAAGCGGACCUGUUAACAUCCCCGAACCUCGCGUGGAGACUAACGUCAUCUUGAUCCGCACGCCCGAAGGAGGCCUUGGGCCGCAACCCGUGGUCAUUCCUCCACCUAGGCAGCAGCACGUGGUGUACGUUCUGAACAAGCAGAGCAGCCAAGACCAGCGGGUGAUCGAGGUACCGUCUUCUGGCCCUUCGACCCCUGAGGUUUACUUCGUCAACUACGCGGACGGAGAGAACCCAACUCUUCCAAGCGGGGUGGACCUCCAAACUGCUCUCCAGUCAGCAAGCCAAGGCGCAGGUCAAAACGUCGGCUCAGUAAGCUCAUCAGGCCAUUCCAGCUCUUUCAGCGGCAGUCAGUCCUUUGGGUCUGGAAUUCAGGUGUUUGAUUCAGGCUCAUCCUUCGGUAGCCACGAUUCAGGCUCAUCCUUUGUUAGCCAUGAUUCAGGCUCAUCCUUUGUUAGCCAUGAUUCAGGCUCAUCCUUUGUUAGCCAGCCCUCUGGCUUGUACACACAGCCCUAGACGGCUUCCACUGUUUUAUGCAGCGACAGCCAUUGUGUAGGAUACACACACACACACAUAUAUGCAGACAUAUUUAUGCAGACACGCGCACAUAUACAUAUAUAUUCUAUUGCAAUGAAUUAAAAAAUACAUUUAUUCAAUAUAUAUAACUGUUAUUAAAUGUGAAUGUUUUUUUUCUAUAUUGAUUCAGAAUUAAAUCUUUUGACAUCUA